AUGCUACGCUUCCAGCAGAACCUGGAACUCACCUGGGAUAAGGAAAGGUCGUUACUCCUGCAGGACAAGGAAGUUUCGUUGCUCGCUGUGAAGAACCAACACACAGACGAACUUCUACGAGUGUCGCCGGAAGCGGAACACACUAUCGAGCCUGCGGAACGGAACUGCGGAAAUUGCCCCAUCCUGGAGCAGGAGAAGUGCAUCCUCGCGGAAAGACUCCGACUCCAGGAAGAACAACUCCGCGAGACUGAUCGGCAGAAAGAACGUUUCGAGCAACUCUGGGGAAAGGGGCGUCGUCUACUCCAGGAGUCCGAACAACGUACGCUGGUCUCGCACGAAGCACUGAACAACGCCCAGGCCCGGGUUCAGGAAAGUGAGACCCGAGGGUCUCAACUCCAGGAACAACUCCUAAAUGUUAACAUUCGGUAUGAACAGGAGCUACAAGAGGAGCAGAUCCUACGCGAGGAAAUGGAAAGGGAUGUCCAAGAACAACUGCAAGCACUGACGUUGGAUCGUGACUCGGAGGAACGGAUUGUAGUAGCUCAAGAAAGGGUGGAGCUCAUUAAGUCGCGGGAAGAACACGAAGCAAACCUACAAAAGGUGUCAGACGCUCAGACACGAUUGGGGCUGAACACGACCCUCCUGCUCCUGCGGGAAGAAGAGCUAACUAUCCUCCGGGAAAGGGAGGCUUUCGCUCAGGAAGUCAACAAAUCCUACUCGAACCUUCGUCGGCAACAGUCUUCAUUACAAGUGAAUCAGCAAACGUUGGCCUUGCAACUUCAGGAAGGCCAACUCCGAUCAGGAUCGGCCCCUUACUCAAUGGUGGAUACACUUCAACGGGCAAUGGGCCCUAUCCCGGUGUUUAUGCAACAAACCGAGGUCGCUACGGAAACCAUGUCGGGUGCCGACAGGUGUCUAUGGCCGUGCUAUGGCUUCUCAAAAGCCGUUCAUGCCCGAGAGACCAAAGCAACGAGCACCUCCCGAGUACAUAUCCCAGAACUCCCCACGGAGACCAGGGCGGUGCAUUCGGUGGAGGAUUUAGCACCCCUCCCGGUCCUCCGUCGUACCCAACUCCGGGGGGGCCUGGGGGGCACAACCCCUUCGAACGCACUGGAGGCCGAGGAGACCCCCCCGGACCUCCUAGAGGAGGCGGACCUGGAUGUGGCGGCGAUGAUCAUGGGGGUAGAGGUGUACCCAGAUUUCCACGACGCCCUGGCGACACAAAGAACGGUCGCCCAUCUCAAACGUGAGGACCCGCGGGAACCACCGGCACAUAAAGCCCAUGAACCCGCGCCUUCGGCUUCACUACACAACUCACCGGCCAACUUGUCCACUGUCCACCCCACUUCCACGGUCUAUGUCAAAAGUAACUUCCCAUGGCUUGUCUUAUGCCGCAUCUCACUAUCCACAGCAGCGCAGGAAACAAGGACGAAACCAGGCAAGGAAGAGAUCCAAAUUGACUGGAAGGAUUCCAGCCUGAGCCUCGAACAGAAAGAACUCCUCCGAAAACUCCCCCUGCGCUUCGACCUCUUCGUCUCGAUAUCAAAAGCCCCGGGAAGGUCUGACCUGACCAAAUGCCACAUAAAAACCGGGGAUGCGAGCCCUAUCAAACAAGCGCCAUUCUGA